UCUCUAUAAUCUCUCUUGCCGACCUUUAAGAGAGACAUAACACUUGUCAUUUCGGAAUCUGUCUAGAUCUGUCAUUACGUUAUCGCAAAUGCGCAUUUCUCGUUAGAACUUUGAUUUUUACAUUAAAAAAAGUAAAUCUCAAAGGGACAAUUAUUACUGUCCUACUGCCAGUUAGUUUUUAAAAAAUGUAUAAAUCAAAUCAAGAACCGGAUAUACCCGCAGCAUUGGGUUUGUUAUCUCAUUUGGAUAAUGAUGAAUUGAAGGAACUACUAAAUAACGAUGGCAAAUUCGAAGAUAUCGUGAAAGAUAUAAAACAGUUUAAAGAUUUUGAAACUGAGAAGGAAAUGUUAAUGGCGAGCAACAGAUCUCUAGCUGAGUUUAAUUUGUCUAAACAACCUGAAUUGGAAGAGAACAAACAGAUUUUAAAAGAAUUAAGUGAACAAGCCAAUCAGUUGUGUAUUAGCGUCAAAGAUAAAUUAGAUGAGAUGCGUGAUAAGUCUGGUACAAUGACUGUUGAUACUGCACUUGACUUGUUGCAAGCAGCUGCUGCUGAAAUCGAAGAAGAAUCAGAGGGAAUAGCAGAGAAAUUCUUAGCCGGUGACAUCGAAGUAGACGAAUUCUUGGAUCAGUUUUUAUCGCGAAGAAAACUGAUGCAUUUGCGUAAAGUAAAAGUAGAUAAAUUACGAGAAUUGAUAAGAAAAGGACAUUCAAGUACUCCUGGUUACUCAAUCGCUUCAAAUUUUCCUGGAAUGAGACCCGCUAUACCAUAUCCAACUGGACCAGUAGCUAUGCCGAUGCCAUUGCCAAGUUUACCAGCUUAUACAUCAUAUUAAUAUAAAAAAAUUACGUCAUAUUUGUUUCUGCGAUACGUUUCAUCAGUCGCGUGCAAUAUAUCUGAUAUUGAUGUUCUUUACAUAUUACAUCUCUUAUAUAUAUUGUAUAUUGAUUAUUCACUAUUUUUUAUACUAAAUAAUGUGUUGUGCGACAUAUCAUGCAGCAAGCGAGCUAUAUGUUACAUAUUACACUUACCUAAGUUAUAUUAUUUAUUGAUAAUGUUUUAGGAUGCCAAUAUCCUGAAAUAUUAUCUAUACAUCAUGAGAUAUUUGGAUAAUUGUUUUUAAAUACAGAUGCAAAAUCAAUGGCUUGUUAACAAAGUUCAUAGUAUAUAGCAAUUUUUUUAAGGAGUAUACGAAAGAAUAUCGUCGGCAUCGUUUUUCAUCACAUGAUCUAUUUAAUAUUGUUUUUACUUGAUUAAUAGACAUAACAAUAAGCAAAAAAUAAAAUUUGUACAUUCAUUACUGGAACGUAGAUACUAUUCAAUUAAAUAAAUAUGAACUAAUUUCAA